UUUGUUCUUUCCUCUAAAUCUCCAUGUCCUUCAUGUAUCUUCAGUACCACGAAGACUACCUCGCUCGCUCCCAGCGGCAAUUGGUAGCUACUUCCAGUGCGGAAGAGUGUCAUCCUAGCAAAAUGGUACGGAACCAACCGCCGGAGCGAGCCUUAGGGUCCGGCGUGGGUGCUCGUCGGGCAUCGGAAGGAUCCGAACCCGGAGGCGAAGAGUUACCGAUUGAGGAACAAGAGCUGGAUGCGUUGGCGGAAGAAGUUCAGCAGAUGGCUAACAAGAUUCGACAGUACAGAGCUACUCUUCCCGAUCAGCUCAAGACGGCUCUAGCUUCCCUUCUGUCCUCCCAGAGACCUCUUGUGCCUGGAUUUGAUUCGUCCUCGUCUUCCCAUCCUGGUCCUUCCGGCAAGCCCGCCCCAGAUGCAAGUACAUCGGCAUUACCAACUGAAGAAGAUCAACACACCGCUGAGAAAGUGGUAUUACUGAAAGAUAAAGUAGCUCGGAAUGCAUCAAGUAUGCCCGUCGCUCUAAAGAGGAUGAGAGAUUGUAUGUCUAAGAUCGAUAUGUUAGGGUCGUCUUCAAAUGGAGAGAUACAUCCUGCCUUCAGAGAGAAAAGGACGAGCUGACCAUGGUCUCUGGAAUUGAAGAGCAUUUCAGGUCCAAUUCCAUCCGAGUGAAAGCCAAGUCUCCUUGAUAUCUGCAUAUGUAAUUACCAGAAGCUUAGGGAUGAUGCGCAUUAUGUUGUAUGCUUUGAUAGUUGAGUAGUAGAAAACCCUUGUAGGUCACAUUUGUUAGGGGCAAAGACUUGCACAACUCAACUCAUAUUUUUAAUAGUGUUUGUAUCGGCAAUCCGAUCAGAAAAA